UUUAAAAACAGAAACCCAUUGGAAAAAAAAAAAAAGCAACUACCUUUAAUUUAAUAUCCGAACAACCAACUGUCUGGUACCCUUCACACGCUUGACACAUCGAAACGUAGAGAGACAGAAGCGGCAGCUGUGCCUGUAUGCCGAUGAUCACACGCGUCAAGCGUGGGAAAUGACUAGCGUAGAGAGUGGGAAUGGUGGGAAAGGCAAUUGAUGGCUUAAAUGCAGUAGUGGUGUUGUAUCUGAGUUUUUCAGUUCAUUGUGGGGUCUACUCUCUCUCUCUCUCUCUCUCUCAAAGGAGACAGCUAUUACUGAUACUGCUUCCGUCCCUACCACCCUUUUUCAAGCUCAUUCAUUCAUGGCUUCUCUAUACACUGUCUCUAUCUCUCUCCCUUUCUAUUUCCACCUUGUCCUCUUUCUUCCUUCACAUUGCUAUUGCCUUUUUCUGAAUUCCAAGAUUGAAACUUCCUAACCGCUCUUCUCUCUCUCUCUUUGUUUCUUUUCUGCUUUGAACCAUUUUGCUUGGUUUUUUUUGUUUUCUUUUAAGUGUUUCAGUAUUUGGAAGCUAUACAGGCGAAGGAAUGGAAGAAAGAGUGGCUUUUCGUUUCGAUAUCAUUUAUGUACAAGUGUUUCUGCUCUCCCUCUGCUACCUUGAAUCUUGUUGCAGUCCGUUAGAUUCUUUUGACCAUCCACUGACAAAUUUACAAAAAGAAGCAAUUUUGUCAGAGAUCUCCCCCACUGGAAGUCCUCAGCCUUUUCUUCCACUUCUAGCACCUUCACCCUUAGCACCAUUUACAAAUUUGACUUCUCCAAAAUUAUCAGGUCGAUGUACGUUAAACUUUACAGCUGCUGAGAGUUUGAUGAGUACCACAUCAAUAGAUUGCUGGUCUGUAUUUGCCCCAUUGCUGGCUAAUGUAAUUUGUUGCCCACAGUUGGAAGCUACUCUUGCAAUUCUUAUUGGUCAAUCCAGUAAAGAAACCAAUGUGCUUGCUUUGAAUGGGACUGUUGCUAAAUACUGCUUGUCAGACAUCGAGCAGAUUUUGGUGGGUCAAGGUGCAAAUGACAGUCUUAAGCAGAUUUGCUCAAUCCAUUCAUCUAAUCUUACUGAAGCAUCUUGUCCAGUCAAAAGUAUUGAUGAAUUUGAGAGUACUGUCGAUACUUCUAAGUUGCUUGCUGCUUGUGAGAAGAUUGAUCCUGUGAAAGAAUGCUGUGAUUCGAUUUGUCAAAAUGCCAUAUUAGAAGCUGCUACUCAAAUUACAUUGAAAGCCUCAGAACUUUUGAGUCUGGGUGGCUCUCACAUCUUGCCUGAACACUCAGCAAAGGUCAAUGAUUGUAGAAAUAUUGUGCUUCGGUGGCUGGCUAGUCAACUUGGUCCUUCCAAUGCUAAGGAAGUUCUAAGGGGACUAUCUAAUUGUAAUGUUAACAAAGUGUGUCCCUUAGUUUUCCCUGACAUGAGACAUGUUACAAAGGAUUGUGGGAAUGGAAUAAGUAAUCGGACAGCAUGCUGUAAUGCCAUGGAGAGCUAUGUGUCCCACUUGCAAAAGCAAAGUUUCAUAACCAACUUGCAAGCUUUGGAUUGUGCUGCAUCAUUGGGAAUGAAGUUAAGAAGACUAAAUAUUACAACAGAUGUAUAUGGCCUCUGUCAUAUAGGCCUUAAGGAUUUCUCUCUUCAAGUCGGAAAUCAAGAGGUUGGAUGUCUUUUACCAAGCUUGCCGUCGGAUGCCACAUUUGACAUGUCUUCAGGGAUUAGUUUUCUUUGUGAUUUAAAUGAUAAUAUUCCAGCUCCCUGGCCUAGUAAAUCUCAAGUGACAUUCUCAUCUUGCAAUAAAACUAUCAAGAUUCCUGCCCUUCCUGCAGCUACAUCUUCUUCUAAAAAUGGCAAUUACGGUGACAAUGCGAUGCUUAUUCUGUCCCUGGCUUCCUCGAUGUUCCUUAUGAUGCUCUUGUAAAUAAACUUUCUUUUUGUUCCUCUGGAUAAUGUGAUCCUGUCAGUCCAUGAAGAAGUAUGGAUUAAUUGCCAUAUGAAGGCCAAAGAAGGUUCAAACUCAUGGAGGUCAUCCCCAGUCAGUGGAAGGGCCAUUUUGUUAGAGAGAGAGAGAGAGAGAGACUUUUAUAAUUUCUGGUGAUUUUAAAUUUGUGCUUAUUGAUUUAUGAUUUUUGCUUGUUUGGGUAAUAAUUAAUAAUGUUGUAAAGUAAACUUAGGAAGAUGAGGAAUGUUAUAUAUAAAUAUAAAUAUAUAUAUAUUUAUAACUAUCA